AUAGGUGACGUCUGUCGUCUGUCGUCUAACCGAUGACCUAACCUCCAAGAAUAAACAAACAUGAGUCAUAUUGAAAACUUUGAUUAAUUCCUUGAAUAAAACUGUAAAUAAUUACCAUUAACUUUUGCGGAACCGUCGUUAAAUCGUUAAGUGCACUUACAACAUGUCUUUCUUAAAUUUUUGGUCAAAACCUGACCCAAAAGUAGAGCAAAGAGAAACCGACAAAGCUUUAAGGAAAGUAAACAGGGAUCUUGAACGAGAUCGCCUGAAACUGGAAAGAGAGGAAAAGAAACUGGAACAGGAGAUUAAAAAACUAGCAAAAGCGGGUGAUCAAGAGGGUUGUAGAAUUCUGGCCAAACAGCUGGUUCAGAUGCGCAAGCAAAAGACUAGAUCAUAUGCAGCUAGCAGCAAAGUGACCGGUGUUCAAUUCCAAAAUAAAGCUAUGGGAGCCAAUAUGAAACUGGCAGAAUCGAUGGGAGUGGCUGGCAAGACCAUGGCUGAUAUGAAUAGCUUGAUGAAACCCGAGCAACUUGCAGCUACUGUCAAUGCCUUCACCAAGGAGAAUAUGAAGAUGGAAAUGACCGAUGAGAUGAUCAACGACACAUUAGAUGAUAUGCUAACUGAAUCAGGAGAUGAAGAGGAAAGUGAUAACAUUGUCACCCAAGUGCUUGAUGAAAUUGGAAUUGAAAUGAGUGGAAAGAUGUCCGGAGCCCCUCUGCCAGAAACAGGAAAAAUUGGCCAAAAAUCCAAAGGUCUUUCAGAUGAGGAUAUUGAGGCCCAACUGGCAAAACUAAAAGGAUAGCCCAAGGGGGGAUUUCCUGCUGCGGAGCACGUUGCUGCCAUGGACGAGGCGCCUCUUUCAAAGUAGCUCCAGGUGAUUGAACUGUAGGUUCCCGCUCAGGUGGUGUUGGCACCUUUUGUUGCUAAAACAUUUUUAUAAGUAACCAUUUAAAAAUGUCCACUAAACUAAAUAAAAAUACCAUAAAGCUUAA